AUGAAUUCGUUAAUCAUCAGAUUAUUGUUUGUUUGGUUGUUUUUCAUUUCAUUUCAUUAUCAUUCGAUUCUUGGUUCGAACAAUCAACAACAAUUAUCAAUCAAAUUUGAUGAUGAAAAUCAUCAACCAAUAUCGAUCGACGAUGAAAAUGAUGAUGAUGACGGUUAUGGUAAACAACAACCAAUCAGAUUAUUUCAGGCAACAAACGAAUGGCAACAAGUUCAAAAUGAUGAAAUUCUACCAAAAGGUUUACAUGUUCGUAUCAAUCUGGAAACCGGUCGUAAAGAAGCAAAACUUUUGAAUGAAGAUAAUGAUGACGGCGGUGAAAUGGAUGUAAAUUCAAAGAUUACCACUAAAUAUCAGAAAAUAUUGACAAAAUCUUCGAAAGAAAAGAUUGCAUUGAUGACCGAGGAUGAAGAUCGAUUCUUGAGAGAUAUUGAUAAGAAUAGAAAUGGUAACAUUGAAAAAAAAAUUCAUAGAAAUAUCGACCACAAUUCAGAAUCGGAAAAAGAAAUUCUACAUUCAUUAUUAAAACGAUAUAAUUUAACUGAAAAUUUGGAUGAAAAAAUUUCCCUAUUAAUCGAUAUUGAAUAUUUUGUACAUCAAAUUGAUUUGGGUAAAUUUUUUUACGAUUCGAAUGGUUUCAACAUUAUGAUGAAAGAUUUAUUAAAUGAUGAAAGUUUCAAUCAACUUAAGAUUGAAAUUCUUUCUGUUUUUGGAUCAGCUAUUCAAGGUAAUAUGUAUGUAAAAUUAGGAUUAUCGGGCCAAAAUUUUCUUUCAAAUAUCGUCACUAUUUUGUUGGAAAAUAAUAAUGCUGUUGUUGAUGUUUUGAGAAAAUGUUUUUUCGUUCUAUCAACAUAUCUACGUAAUAAUCCAUUCGAACAGAAUAGAUUUUUUCAUUCGUAUGAUGGUAAACAAAUAUUACGAAGAUUGUUUUAUCUGGACGAAAGAAUAGCCGUCAAAAUUAUUACAUUUCUUGAUGAUAUUAGCAAUGAAGAAAUGAAUAACAAUAAUUUAGAAUCGAAAAAUAAUUUUUUCGAUUCAAAAUUCUGUCAAGAUAUUAUUGAACUUUUUAUCAACAGCAAUGAUAAUCUUGAAAAAUCGGAUCGUAUAUUACUUUUGGAAUCGAUGAUAAAUUUAUUGGAAAAAUGUCGAAAUGAAUUCCGUUCCAAUGAUUAUCCGAAUAAAAUUGAAAAUAUUUUGAAAAAAUUUUCCGAAAACAAUGAAUUUAUUCAGGAAAUGAUGGAAAAUUUUUUGAAAUCUUUAUCAUCAUCAAAAGAUGAAUUGUGAUUUUGUGUAAAUAAAUA